UUUUCAAACUUAAUGAAUUUUUAUUCUGAAACAAACUUCAAUCCAAACUUCGAUACAACAGACUCAAUGCCGCAUACCUCAAGUUCUUUUUUGACAUGCAACACGACUGAUUUAGAUAAAGAAGCGGUUAAUCCUGUUUCCUCAAAGGCACUCAGCAGUUCUGGUAGUAGUAAUCAAAAUGUUUGUGCACAUUGUGGCUUUGAAAUUUACGAACCAAUAUCCUCAAAAGAUAAAGCUCCAGUUAUGAUUACAAAUUUACCACAUCUUCCAUUACAUGACGCUGCUUUAAUGAAUAAAAAAGAUGACAAUGUUAAAUUGUUUCGAUCACAUGAUGAGGAUACUUCUGAAUGGAUAUUUUGUGAUAUUUGCCGUAAAUGGUUUCAUGCAAAUUGUGUAGAUAUUCAGCAAUAUGAGAUGCCAUUAAUUGACAAAUACCAUUGCCCAAGUUGCCGAUUUGAACAUGGAGAUAGUAUAAUGAAGGUAAAGAGGCUUUUCCAUCGUUAUGUAUUUGAUGACGAGUCACAACGUGCUUUACCUAUUCAAAUUGGGACGGAAGCUUGGACACACAAUUUUAAGAAUGAAUAUAGAAAAAUUCCAGAAGUUACAUGUGAAAUGAUUGAUCUCUAUGAUGAUGGACGUCAAUUAAUGCAAAAUUUCAAUUUUUUGUCAAAAUGGACCAAACCUAUAAAAGUUAAAAACUGUAAAGGUCUCGGCCUUCGAAUGCCCGAUGAUCCAUAUUUUGAUAUUUUGGAUGUCAUUAAACUACUUGUCGACGAAAAUCCAACAUGGCAAAAACACUUUGGUAGAGCAAAUGAAUCAGAUCAUCAACAUGAAAGUUCAAGACCUUACGUUGAGAAUUUCUGUCUGUUGGGGAUGCGAGGGAGUUACACUGAUUUUCACAUUGAUUUUGGCGGUUCUUCUGUUUGGUAUCACGUUUUUAGGGGCUCAAAAAUUUUCUUUAUUGCCCCUCCUACACCUGAGAAUUUACAAGCUUUUCUUAAUUGGCAAAAUGAUAAAGAGCGAUCGGAAAAGUUUUUUGGUGAUCUUUUACCAAAUGGUGGAAAAAUAUAUCGUUUGGAGGUUGGUGAACGAGAGACAUUAUUACUUCCAAGCGGUUGGAUACACAGUGUUUAUACUCCUGAGGACUCGAUUGUAUUCGGCGGUAAUUUCUUGCAUUCGUUAAACGUUGAUUUGCAAUUGAGUCAAUCACCGCAAAUUAAUUUUGUUUUUCAUCAAUUUAGGGUUUAUGAUAUAGAACUUGCUGUUGAGACUGACGAACGCUUUAAAUUUCCUUUUUUUGAAUUAUGUAAUAUUUAUGCAGCUAAGAGUUUUGCCGAAUCAAUAAAAGAAUGUGGUCAACUCGCAGAUCAAUUCCAAAUUGAUGUCGCUACUUUACUUCUUGAAAAAUGUAGCAAAUGGAUUCAAGAAGCGGACAAAUUUUCAAUAUUCAAGGGAACAUUGAAACAGUUGGAAAAACAACUUGAACGGCAAACGAAUCUUCAACGGCGAAUAAAGGCUCAUAAUCCAGCAAUUAAUUCAACAAAUAUGCCUGCAAUUUCCCCAUCUUCCCAGUGUUCACCUUUAAGACAACCAGAACUCGAGAUUCAAGAUUUGGACAGCAGUUGGGAUCAGGAUGAUGUAGAUGAUUGUAAUGAACAAGAAGAUGAUUUUGAGACUAUUGCUGAUGAUUCUGAUAAUAACUCUGAUUCUAGAACAGAAACUGGAAAGGAAUUAUCUGUAAGUCAGCAACCUUCGACUUCUGCCAAUAAUGUGAAUGGCUUAGUGGAUGCUGUUUCUGAUAUUGAUUCUGAAGGCCAUAUUCGUCUAAAAAUCAAGCUACCCUGUUGGCAUCAAAAGCCUGACAAUGAGAAGAAACAAGUUAAUAAUAAUGUUAUUGCGGAUGAAGAUGAGGCAGAUAUUGGUGCAAUGUUUAGUGGUAGAUCAAUUCAUGGGCGUCAGAUUCGUCCAACUUCUCGGAUUUCAACAUUAGGAGGAAUUACCAUGGAUGAUCAGAAAGGUGAUGUCUUCGAUUUUGUCCCUGGAACUGCUUCUAUUACCUCUAAAAAUGUUGGCCAUAAAGAUUUCAUAUCCUCAUUUGCUCUUAAAGAGCGCCCACAAAUGCACUUUACUGAUAAAGCUGGUUAUUAUUUUGUAUAUUUUUUUACAUAUAAAAAUAUUUUAGCCGAGAAAAACUACAAAAAUGAAUUAUUUUUGCCUUUAAACAAGCAAAAAAGAAAGAAAAUGAAUGCAAAUAGCUCUAACAUUGAUUUUUUCCCAAACGACUUAUUUACUUCAACUUCAAGUACCUCAUCAAAUAAAGAAGAUUCUGUGAUACAAAAGAAACCAAAGAAAACUUCAGCAAUUAAUUCUCGUGAACGUCUAGCAAAGAAAUUAGGGUUAAUGCGUAAGAAGUAAAUCUCAUUUUGUAUUUUUUGUUCUGCACU